AUGAUCCUGAAGAUGAAAUUCAACCAUUAGAAAUUGAUGAACCUGAGGAAUUACAAAUGGAAUUUAAUCCUCAAGCUGAGAUUGAGUUUAAUACAGCACUUCAAGAGUUCCUAAGGGAUUAG